CACGAAGAUUGAUAUUAUAUGAUUUAUUUGGUUUGUCAUAUCAUCAGAUCUGCUGUACCUCUUAAUGCAAUUUCAUCCUUACUUCAUCACACGUGAGAAUGGCUAUAAACGUUGAUGGAGUGCGGAAGAAGGCUUACACGAAAUUGCGAGUGCUGGCAUGGACCUUUGACCUCGAAAGGGACUGUGUUGUUUUCUGCGGCACACCAAAAUGUCCUUUCAUGGCCUUUGACAUCCAGGAGAUGGCAUUGCACUUCAGCACAUGCUUCUCGUUUACAGAAAGUGCUUUAAGUGUCAUGUCUGUUUGUACGGUCUGUCAAAAAGGGGCUAGUUGUCAGACCAAAUUGAACAAUCAUAUGAUCAAGGCUCAUCCGACAGAGGCUCGAGAAUUAGGAAUAAGAGAUUACACAGUUCCUCUACCCUCAGAAGUAAUCAAAAUACCAAAAAUCACAAGAGAAAGUUGGAAGGUCCUCUUAGAGCACAAAGGAUACAUCAAAUGCCCUUAUCCCUAUUGCCUAUUCCUCACUGAAUACAUAUCAGUGAUGGAAAAGCACUACGGGAACUGCCAUAAGUUUUGCAACUCAGCUGUUCCUGGCCAGCUGUUUUACACAUGUACAACGUGCAGUGGAAGGACGGCGGUCAGCCAAGAGAUGGAACGCCACAUCACAUAUUACCAUCCAGUCGGUGCCAGCGUUAAUACACCAACCAAUGUGAUCUCCCUCGACCUGGCUGAAUCUUGGACCAAGAAGCUCUUAACGGAAAAAUUUAUUAACUGUUUGACCAAAGACUGUAGAUACAUAACUGAUAAUGUUGACGAUCUUAAACGACACUAUCGUUUCUGCAGGGUGCCACAAAGUCAUCUAUAUUCUGUUUGUUCUUAUUGCUUAGGCUGGCUAAGCCCAAACAAGUUGAAAGCUCAUGUUUCAAUUUGUACAGAAAAAAAGCGGGAUAAAAUUUUAACCUGUUCAAACCCUAUUGGAUAUUUAGACAAGUCUUCAAUAAAUAACAAUCCAGUUGUCUCAUCUGAAAGAGUCGAAAAAAUGUUAUGCAAAAAUCGUCCUGAAGCUGAGUUCUCAUGUGAAAAUGGCUUCCCAAAAAGCUCACAGAACAAAACAACCUCAAUUAGUACAAUACGUAGAAGUAAAAGAAGAAAAGGAAGCCCAAUGAAGGAAUCUAAUGAUUCAAACAACCAAGAUUCAAAUCAAUCAGAGGACAACACAAAUGAAAUUUCAAACAAAGGGCAGGAGAAAAAUCUAGUCAGAGAGGCCGUCGUGAGGAGGAAUGGCUACUCAAAAAUGCGAGUGCUUGCCUGGACCCAUUUUCUCAACAGAGAUGGCUUCAUACUUUGCAAAACACCAAAAUGUCUUUUUAUGGCUGUCAGUAUUCAAGAGAUGAUGCUUCAUUUUAGCUCAUGCUUUGAAUCUACUAGCUUUCAAAAUAGACUCUCAAUGUGCAAAAUUUGCCAAAGGGGUACGAGUAAUGACGACAAGCUUCAAAAUCAUAUGGUCAGCGUUCAUCCAGUAGAAGCAGAAAAAAUCGGAUUCAAGACUUAUAUUAUACCUGAGCCUUCAAAUUGCAAACCGUCAAAAGCUACAAAAGAAAGUUGGUUGGUCCAAUUAGAAUACAAAGGCUAUAUAAAAUGUGUUGAACCGUUCUGCAACUUCCUCACUGAAGAUGUAGUCAAAAUGGAAAAACACUUUGGAAAAUGUCUUCAGCUUUUCAACAAGCCCAAGUCAUUUUUUACGUGUAAUGUUUGCAAUGGAAGGAUGACAGAAUAUAAAGAUUUGAAUGAUCACAUCAAUAUGUGCCAUCCCCCAGGAACAAAUGCACACUCGCCUACCAACAAAAUCUCACACUCUCAAAUAGAAGAAUGGCACAGAAUUCUCAAAAGUGAUGGAAUUAUCAAUUGUCCAACAAAGGAAUGUCAAUAUCAAACCAGCAUUGUUGACAAUCUAAAAAGACACUAUCGGUUUUGUCAGGUGUCUAACAAAGACAUAUAUUCAACUUGUCAAUUUUGUAAUGGCUGCUUGAAAUCUACCAGCUUGCAGGACCACAAAUUUAAUUGCCCAGAAAAAGAAUGUGAUCAAAAUCAAACAGAUGAGAAAGAAAAAAAAAUGGAAUCAUCAAAAACUCACAAGAAUCAAGUUCAAGCAAUUUAUUAUGACGAUCAGGCGUCCGAUGAAAGCAUGUAUUCUAUAUGUCGGUUCUGUAACAGCCACAUACAGUCAACGACCUUGCACGACCACCAGUCUACUUGUUCAGAAAAUGAAUGUGACGAAAGCCAAACAAAUGAGGACGAAGAACAGAUUGGAUCUUCAGAAACUAUCGAGAGUGCAAAUAUUGAAGUUCCCACUUCAUCUAGAACCAGGCAGAGGUGUGCUGCUAUAAAACAGAGAGUGCAGAAUAAACCUACUCAGCUUGCGAAGGAUUUAAGUCGUGUAGAUGAUGAAGAGGAUAUGUUAAUAACUUCUUUUACAAGAGAUGGCACUCCUAAAUGUCAAAAGCAGUACAAAUCACCAAGAAUUAAAAAACAAAUCACCCCAAUAUGGCCAGCAGUUGUACCUGAGACUGAUGAGAGUACGAAAGAUAUCGAUUUGAUCGAUCUAGAACCAAAAAUUAACACUAUAAAAAUAGACACCCGAUUUGAAAGCAAUGGAUCACAUCUGAAUACUGAUUUGCAAAGAUUGGAAAAUAAAUUUUUCCAACCGAAUUUAUAUCUCAACGAUGAUACAGUUGAUAUCGGCCCAGAUCUUUCUGACAUCCUGAACAUCCCUCCACCUGCAGAAAUGCAACAAAACAAAAAUAGACCUCACACUACAAAAUGGAAUACUGGUCGUUCGAAAAUACUCAUAAAGAGGACUUACAAUUAUAAGUCUUCAAAAAAUCCAAUAUCAGAACAUGAUCUAUCAUUAGAUGAAGAACCAGAAGUCGGUAACAAUCGUCCAAAUAAAAUCUAUGAAGAUGAUCCUUUUGAAACAGAGUCAAUGCUUCAACACCUUGGAAAUAAAAUAAUGCAAGAAAAUAUCUCUGAUUUGAUCCCGGUUAAAGUUUCCGUUAAUGAUGAAAGUUGGACCGUGAAUGUUCCUCCUUUAGAAGUCGCUAAAAAAGUCGUCCAAAGGGAACGCCAUUCUUACAAAUUGAGGACAAUUUAUAAAAAAAGCUUCAAUCAAUCACAGGCACUGUUAAGGCUCACUAAUUCAAUCUGUACGGUAAGGAAUAUGAAUGAUACCGCAGCAGAAAACAGAAUAGAGGGCCGAGAAAGAAUCCAGAAUGUCAAUAACAAUGUACUCUUAAAUAAAAUACUGAGCCUCAAAUGCCAGCAGCAAGGGGAAAAAGCUCUCCAGCCUAGUACAUCACAAGAAGAGCCUUCUCAAGCGUUCAACGAUUCCAAUAAGAUAUCUGAACUUCUAAGACAUUACGCUGCAGAAAUAGAACUGGAACAGAAAAGUUUCACCGACAUUUUCGACAUUGAUCAUCUCAUCGGCGAUAGUUCGGACAAUGAAAGUUUAAAUCAAUUAAUUCAAAAUGCAGAAUGCGACUGAAAAAGUGAUAUAAAAUGCAUUACAAAACUGUUCAUCAUUGAAUCUUCAAAGUUAGAAUGGUGAAAUUCACAAGACUGAAGCGUUUCAUUUGUUUUAAACUAGAUGACAACUAGAGAAUUUAGUCUUAAGUUAAUUACAUUUUAGUUUUUAAUGUUCCUUGUUUUUUUGUUAAGAAAAAAAAACUUUCUUUUGUAUUACAUAUUUUAUUUUCUUUCCAAAAAGAACGCUGUUUACUAACAAAAAGUUAUGUAAAAAUGUUGAGAAUUUAUUUUG